UUUCUACAAAUGAAUGAAUCUGAAAAAAAGGAUCAAACAUAAGAGUUGAUUACAAAUAAAUAAAAAUCAUGGCAUCGGACUAAUGUUAGAUGGUUAGCAUUGUUUUUAGCAUGUUUUUUUUAAUUUGGAAGUUACUUUAGCACAGAUUAUCCAUCUGUGUUAGCAGAAGAGAUUAAGAGCAGCUUUGAAAAUAAAGAUUAAUCUGAUGUGAAUCUACUUUAUACUUAUUACUCAAUGCCUAAUGUGAUAUUACCUUUACUAGGAGGAUUAUUUAUUGAUGCUAUUGGAAUUAGACUUGCUAUGGUUGGAUUUUUUGCUAUCUUAAUUAUUGGUUAAUGUAGAUAUAUAUCUUUAUUAUAAUAAGUUCUUUGUUAUAUAUCAGCAGCAACAGGCAAUUUUACAAUUAUGUUAAUAGGUCGAUUAGUAUUUGGAUUAGGCGGUGAAAAUUGUGUUGUUGCUUAAUCUUAUAUAGUGAGUAAAUGGUUUUUUGGAAGUGAAUUAGCAUUUGCUUUGGGGUAAAUUUAGAAUAUUAUACUAGUUUGAAUAUCACAUUUGCAAGAUUAGGGUCAGUUUUAGGAGCAAUAUUAUUAGGAAAAACAUAUAUUUGGUUUGGAAAUAGUUUAUCUGCUUCAAUGUUCUUUUGUUUUGUACUUUUGAUCUUAGCUUGGAUUGACGCUAUUUUUCUUGCAUUAUUAGAUAAAUAUAGUGAUAAAAGGGAUAAAGUCGAAGAAAAGAUUGAAGGAGAUAAAAUUAAGUUAAGUGAUAUCAAAGAAUUUAAGUUAGAUUUUCAUCUACUUACACUUAGUUGUCUCACAUGUUAUUCGGCAUUCUUUUUAUUUUAAUACAAUAAUGUUGAGAUGUUCAAAAUUAUGUAUUUUAUCAUGUUAUUCUAGUUAUCAUAUGAGCUCAACUUAAGCAAACAAUAUUUAUAGCAUUCCAUAUUAUUCAGCUGCACUUUUAACUCCAAUUUUUGGAUAUGUUAUUGAUAAAUUUGGUAGAAGAACUCAUUUAUUAGUGUUAUGUGGUGCUUUACUUGUUUUAGUAAACAUUUUAUUUAUAAUGUUAACUUGUGAAGAAUAAAAGGUGUGCCUUGCUGCACCUAUUAUAGGAUAAAUUUUAAAUGGAAUUUAUUAUUCUUUAUAUGCUGCUGUUAUGUGGCCUUGCGUUCCUUUAUGUGUACCAGAAAGAGCUGUAGGAACUGCUUUUGGUGUAGUCAAUGCUGUCUAAAAUAUUGGAUUAACUGUUUUCCCUAUUAUUGUAGGACAUUUAAUCUCUGAUGAAACUCCUGCAGCCUAUAGACAUAUGAUAUUAUUUCUUGGUUGUACUGCGAUUGUUGGUCUGAUUAGUAAUUUUGCAUUGUGGUUUGUUGAUAAAUAAAAUGGAGGUAAAAUGGCCAAACCAAGUCUCAAAGAUAAUACUUAAGUUUAAGAUUACCAUAUAUAAGAAGAGAGUUCUAAAUCAAGUAAAGAAUGAUUUAUAUUUUCA